AUGAAACUACAUUAAUGUUAAACCAACCAACCCAACAACGACAUGAUCUUCGGUCAUAGAAUUGGCACCAAGAAGAUAAUAGCUGAGAAACAAUAGAAAGUACAACUUUUAUACUUAAUCUAGGUCAUCAAGCAUAUUAGAUAAUUGCCCAGAAGCAAAGAAGAUAAUUACUUUCAGGAAGCCAUUAAAGCAAAUGAGUAAUACGAUCUUUUUCUUGAAAAGUAUGUCUGCAACUCCUUAUCUUUCUAGGAUGAACACAUUCAAGAUCCAACAAGCAUUGAUAUUAACGAAAUAACGAUUUUAAGAUGAUAAUAAAUUUGCCAAUCUUUUAGAGUAUGUUCCUGAGGAAAAAGAGAACGAUAAAAAAAUCAAAAAAGAACUUGAAUCUUAUAUUGAUAGAUAUGUCACUAUGAAAAAAGGACCUGCCCCAAGACAUCCGUAAUUUUAUUAUUUCAUUUGA